AUGUCCGCCCAAAACUUCAAAGUCGCCGACAUCAGUUUGGCCGCCUUCGGUAGAAAAGACAUUGAAUUGUCCGAAAACGAAAUGCCUGGUUUGAUGGCCAUCAGAAAGAAGUACGCCACCGCCCAACCAUUGAAGGGUGCUAGAAUCGCUGGUUGUUUGCACAUGACUAUCCAAACCGCUGUCUUGAUCGAAACCUUGACCGCUUUGGGUGCCGAAGUCACCUGGUCCUCUUGUAACAUCUUCUCCACCCAAGACCACGCCGCCGCAGCCAUCGCUGCCUCUGGUGUCCCAGUCUUUGCCUGGAAGGGUGAAACCGAAGAAGAAUACAACUGGUGUUUGGAACAACAAUUGUUUGCCUUCAAGGACGGUAAGAAAUUGAACUUGAUCUUGGAUGACGGUGGUGACUUGACCUCCUUGGUCCACAAGAAGUACCCAGAAAUGUUGGAAGACUGUUUCGGUUUGUCCGAAGAAACCACCACUGGUGUCCACCACUUGUACAAGAUGCUUAAGGAAGGUGACUUGAAGGUCCCAGCCAUCAACGUCAACGACGCUGUCACCAAGUCCAAGUUCGACAACUUGUACGGUUGUAGAGAAUCCUUGAUCGAUGGGAUCAAGAGAGCCACCGACGUUAUGAUCGCCGGUAAGACCGCCGUUGUCGCUGGUUUCGGGGAUGUCGGUAAAGGUUGUGCCAUGGCCUUGAGAUCCAUGGGUGCUAGAGUCAUUGUCACCGAAAUUGACCCAAUUAACGCUUUGCAAGCCGCCGUUUCUGGUUACCAAGUUGCCCCAUUGGAAGAAGUUGCUUCUAUCGGUCAAAUCUUUGUCACCACUACCGGUUGUAGAGAUAUCAUCACCUCUAAGCACUUCUUGCAAAUGCCUGAAGACGCCAUCGUCUGUAACAUUGGUCACUUUGACAUUGAAAUCGACGUUGCUUGGUUAGUUGAAAACGCUAAGGAACACGUUGAAAUCAAGCCACAAGUCGACAGAUACUUGUUGUCUUCUGGUAAGCACGUUAUCUUGUUGGCUGCUGGUAGAUUGGUCAACUUGGGUUGUGCCACCGGUCACUCUUCUUUUGUCAUGUCUUGUUCUUUCUCUAACCAAGUCUUGGCCCAAAUUGCUUUGUUUAACGCCAACAACAAGGCCUUCAAGGAAGAAUACAUUGAAUUCGAAAAGACCGGUCCAUUCGGUGUUUCUGUCCACACUUUGCCAAAGAUUUUGGACGAAGAAGUUGCCAGAUUACACUUGGACCACUUGGGUGCUAAGUUGACCCAAUUGUCCGAAGUUCAAUCUGAAUACUUGGGUAUCCCAACUCAAGGUCCAUUCAAGGCUGACAUCUACAGAUACUAA